AAAAAAUGACGACUAGUACCGUAGGUCUGAUCGACAACUGGUAUCCUCCCACAAGGGAGAAUUACGAGCUCAUUCUCUCCUUAUGGAAGUGGUUCCCCGUGGCCGCCUCCCUUCAAUGGGGUGUCUCCUGGUACGGGAUGGGCAAGACAUCAGUCACCAGCCGCCUUAACCUGCCCGGCCGAAUUGGCUGGCUCACCAUGGAAGCACCUGGCUUCAUGACCCUGGUGUACAUGAUGCGCACCCUCCCCGCCCAACAUGGCUUCACCCUCAGCGACCUGCCCUGGCAAAACAAGGUGCUCGCCGGCCUCUUUGUAUUUCACUAUUCCUAUCGCGCCCUCGCCUUUCCUUUUCUGCAGCCCAGCAUGGCGCCCAUACACAUCGCCAUCUGGCUCUCUGCGCUUAGCUUCCAGAUUAUCAACGGAACGUUGAUCGGUGCUUGGCUCGCCGCCUACGGUCCCACGAGUCACGCGGCGUGGGACAGGCAGCUCUUUAGCUCGUUCCCCACGCUGCAAUUUACUUGCGGAAUUGCGCUGUUUUACGUCGGUCUGAUGGCGAACUUCUACCACGAUGACGAGCUGCGGGAGAUCAGACGCCGGGAAAACCGCAGGCAGGAAAGGCUGGCGAAGCAGAAUGGGCAAAAGGGACAGCCGGGGAAGAAGGUAGAGAAGCACUACGAGAUCCCCAAGGCGGGACUGUUCAAGGUGAUGCUUUACCCGCACUACUUUUGCGAAUGGGUUGAGUGGCUUGGGUUUUACAUGGCGGCUGGCUGGGGAUGUCUGCCGGCGAGGUGUUUUUUGCUGAAUGAGGUGGCGGCCAUGUUGCCGAGGGCGGUGAAGGGGAGGCAGUGGUAUAUGGAGAAGUUUGGGGAGGAGAAGAUUAGCAAGAAGUGGGCGGUUAUUCCGGGGGUUUGGAACUUUGGGCCAAAACAAACAGAACUUCUGGCACUUAGACCACAUCAGAGAGAGAUCAUCGAGGCUGCCCUCGACGGUCAUGAUGUUUUCGUCCAGGCAGCCACCUCCUUCGGCAAGAGUCUAUGCUUCCAACUGCCAGCAGUUAUAGACCGUGGAAUCACCAUCGUGAUCUCUCCAUUACUGAGUCUCAUGAUGAACCAAGUCGAAGCCCUCAAGGCAUCAGAUGUGGACGCUCGUACUUUGAACAGCAACACUACCCUGCCAGAGCGAGACUACAUCUACGCUGAUCUCGCAACUGGGCAUCCCCUCAUGCGGCUCCUCUAUGUGACUCCCGAGCUGUGUUCGGGCGACCACUUCCGGCGGAAACUGAAACUGGUCUACGAACAGCACGAGCUGGCGCGUAUCGUGGUUGACGAAGCCCAUUGCAUCUCAGAAUGGGGCCACGACUUCCGCAAAGACUUCAAACGGCUCUCCUGGUUCCGCGAAACCUUUCCCGAUGUACCAGUCAUGUGUCUCACCGCCACAGCCAACGAGCAAGUCCGUCACGAUGUGCUUACCACGCUAGGGCUGGACAAGACGCCCGGCAAACUCAAGAUCUUCAGCAUGACAGCCCACCGACCGAACCUGCACCUCGAAGUGCGUUUCACCAGCGACGAAGCCAACGACCGCUACGACGACUUUGUCACCUGGCUCAAGGGCGUGUACGACCGUCGAGCGGCCGCGGAUCGAAAAGCCGAGCUAGACGCCACCGGCGAGCGCGUCGAGAACGUACCGGGGAUUAUCUACACCAUCUCCCGCGACGAAGUCGAGUCGCUCGCGGCCGCCUUACGACACGACGGUAUUGGCGCGCGGCCCUUCCACGCGAAAUUGCCGAACCAGGUGAAGGAGGAGACGUUGGCCAAGUGGAUUGCCAACGAUCCGGGCCGUGAGGACCGGGAUAGGGUUUGUAACUUGGUCAUGAGGGAGCCAGUGUCGAAAAACGCGUCCGCGGAUGGCAUCAUCAAUAAACAGGCGAGGCAGAUGAGUCUUGGUAGGCUGGUGGCGUAUUGUGAGGAUACCGGUUCUUGUCGGCAUGCGGCGAUUUGCAGGUAUUUUGGGGAGACGCAAGUGCCUGCGUGCGAUUACGCGUGUGACUGGCAUAAGGAUCCGCAGGGACUGAAGAGGAGGAUGGCGAGGGGGUUGGCGAGUGAGGAAUGGGUUAGUACUCAGCGGGAAGAGGGCAUGUACGAUGAAUAUUGGAGUGAGUAG